UUGAGCGGUCAAUAUCAGGGUGAACCGGGACUCUCUCAUAUAUUAGGUUGAUGGUAUCACUCCCCUCUCUUGUGUUCCUGUCGCCUGUUUCUUUCAUACCGCUCCUAUCGACAGCAGCACCCCAAUCUCACGAUGGCUGGUGGCGUCAAGAAACCCGUCAACAUUUUUAAGCUCAAAAACCUGGGCGAGCCGAAGGAAGUGUUCAACUGGAGGCUAUGGUUCGCCGUCUUCUCCUUCGGCCUGUUGGGCGCUGCCCGUGGUGUUGACGAAGGAUUGAUCAACGGCGCACUCAAGAGCAAGAACUUCCAGGACAGCAUAAACUAUGGCUCGUAUUCGAAGGUUGAGCAAGCAAACAUCAAGGCAAAUAUUUCGUCUAUGGUGCAAGUUGGGAGUGUAGCGGGGGCUCUCAUUGCCUUCCUCAUUUGCGACAGGAUAGGGCGUAUCUGGGCUACCCGAUCUCUCUGCGUGCUUUGGAUCUUGGGCAUCGCUAUCUUCAUGGGUUCGAACGGCAACCUGGGUGCAGUCUACGCGGGGAGGUUCGUCGCUGGUUUAGGCGUGGGGCAGACGCCUGUCGUCGGGCCCGUCUAUAUCGCAGAAAUUGCCCCGGCCACCGUUCGUGGCCUCUCGACUUGCAUUUUCACCGGUUUCGUCUAUCUCGGUAUUGUCCUGGCAUAUUUCACCAACUACGGGUGCCAACUUCACCUCGACGAAACCCCCGCCCGAUGGCAAGUACCUACUAGUCUUCACAUCAUCUUCGCGGGCCUCAUCUUCCUUCUCACCUUCCUACAGUAUGAAUCGCCCCGUUACCUGGUUAAGAUAGGCAAAAACGACAGAGCACUCCACGUCAUGUCCCGCCUCCGCCACUUGCCCCCCGACCACGACUACGUCCAGCGCGAAAUCAACGCCAUCACCCUCAGCCACCACGAAGAAAUGGAAGCCACAAAGGGUGCUGGCUGGCUCGGCAUCCUCAAAGAAACCUUCACCGUGCGCAGCAACCUCUACCGCGUCGCCCUGGCUGUCGGCGCUCAAGUCCUAGGACAAUGGUCCGGCGCCGGCUCCAUCACCAUCUACGCGCCGGACCUGUUCGAGCUCCUCGGUAUUACGGGCACCCAGGAAUCGCUUUUGGUGACAGCCGUCUUCGGCAUCAUCAAGCUCGUAGCCGCCGUCCUCUGCGCCCUCUUCCUCGUCGACUUCAUCGGCCGCAAGCGCUCCCUCCUGCUCGGCAUAACCUGCCAAGCCAUCUCCAUGCUCUACGUGGCCGGCUUCCUGUCCGCCGUCCCGCAGCUCGGCAACGAAGAGGGGUACGUGCUCGCCCCUUCGUCGGGAAAACUGCGUGCCUCGCGCGGCGCCAUCGUCAUGAUUUAUCUAUCUGGAGUCGGCUGGGCGCUGGGUUGGAACAGCAUGCAGUACUUACUCACCGCCGAAUUGUUCCCGCUGCGCAUCCGCGCGUUUUGUACGAGUUUGGCCAUGUGUCUGCACUUUGCCAACCAGUACGGCAGCGCGAGGGCUGUGCCUGUCAUGUUGCUCCCUGUGAGAGAGGGCGGGAUUUCGGGACAGGGGACGUUCUGGUUCUUUGCGGUCGUGACCAUUCUGGGAGGGGUUUGGGUGUUUUGGUUUGUCCCCGAAACCGCGGGCAGAAGUUUGGAGAGCAUGGAUCGCUUGUUUAGUUUGCCGUGGUGGAAGAUUGGGCGGUAUGGGAAUAGGGAGGCGGCGGUGCUGGAUGAAGCGGAACGGGUGGGAGGGGAGAAGGAGGGCGAGAUGAUGUCGAGGAGCGGGUCGCAUGUGGAGGAGAAGGGGAUGGUGUAUGGGGCGGAGAGGAGGGUUUGAUGAUGUCGGAAUUGUGAUAGGAAGACUGUUGGAUAAGAAUUGAAUGAGUGUGAGAGUCUGAGGUAAUGAAUCAUAUCCUGCCAUGGUAAUUCUUAUUGUCUUCAUAC